AUGCAAUGGCAGCCAUUUAUACUGGGUGGUGUUGCCUCGCUUGCUGCUGAGUCAUGCACCUUCCCGAUUGAUACGGCAAAGAUUCGAUUACAAAUUCAAGGUCAAAUUGGCGAUGCUAGUUUAGCACGUCUACGUUACCGUGGCAUGGGACAUGCUUUAAGAUUAAUUGCCGCAGAUGAAGGUUUUAAGGCGUUGUAUUCUGGUCUUGCACCUGCCUUGCUGAGGCAAGCAUCUUAUGGCACUAUUAAAUUUGGGACUUAUCAUACUGUCAAAAGAAUUGUCGCAAAAAAUCCUGAAGAUGAGACUAUACUCACAAAUGUAUUUGCUGGAAUGAUUGCCGGAGCACUAUCUUCAAGCAUCGCUAAUCCUACUGAUGUUCUGAAGGUUAGGAUGCAAGCUGGAUCACGGAUGAACCUGACUGGAAAGAAUGUGCUUCGGUCUUUUGCUGAUAUUUAUAAAGAAGAAGGUAUUAGGGGUCUUUAUCGGGGUGUGGGACCAACGUCACAAAGAGCAGCUGUGAUAGUUGCCGUUCAAAUGCCAACUUAUGAACUGAGUAAGCGUGAGCUCAUUAAAAGUCAACUUAUGAAUGAUGGCCUAUCAACUCAUUUAUGCUGUAGUAUGAUAUCUGGUCUUUCUAUGGCUCUAGUUUCUAAUCCUUUGGACGUUAUAAAGACUAGAAUGGUGAAUCAAUCAGCAAGUCGUAUUGUUAGUAAAAGAUCAGCGUCAUUUUAUAAGAAUUCUUUCCACUGCUUAUAUCAGACAAUUCGUGGUGAAGGCAUCCUUGCACUAUAUAAGGGUUUCGUACCCUCAUUUUUGCGUGUUGGACCUUGGAAUGUUAUUUUUUUUGUAACAUAUGAGCAAAUGAAGCGCAUUGAUUUAUUGCACCAUUACUAA